UAAAAGGAAGCAUUCGAACUUGCAGGCAGAAGAAAAGCUGCCAGGACGCGAUGAUGCGGCUCUUGGUCCUUAUACUGGCAUUCGCCGUCCCGAGCCUCGGAGUUGCCGCUGCUGUCGGCUUCGACUGCCCGGAGAAUCUCCAAUGCGGUUGUUCACCGAGCGGCAACGGCGAGUUGGAACUCGUCUGCCCGAGCGGCCUUCUCUCGAGCUUCCAUCUAAAUGUUCGUUCAAAUGAUUUGGCCCGACUCCGCUGCAAGGGUAAUCCCAGAUGGCUGGAUCUGUUGCCCGGGGCGCGACUCGCGGGCACACGCCCCAGGAGCCUCAUUCUCGUGUCUUGUCCACCACCGGGGCGAGUGCAAACGGAGCGGCUUGUCGAACAGCUGGAGGCGCGUGAUCUCGAGUACCUCGCCUACGAGGCCCUUCAAAGUGGCCCGAGCGCCAUUAGUUUGAGCGCCUUCCCCGAACUCCGCUAUCUCGUGCUCUCGAAUAACCGCAUUGGCUCCGUCGUACCGGACCUUAUCAAAGGUCUUCCGAAAUUGAUGCAACUGGAGCUUCGGAAUACGAAUAUUCGUAUACCGCCGAAUUUUUUUGAGAAAGCGAGCUCGCUGAGAACGUUGGAGCUGAGCAGUAAUAAUUUGAAAGAUCUGAAGCCUGGGAUAUUCGACGGAUUGACAAAUAUUCGGCUUCUGAAUCUUUGGAAAAAUGACUUGACGGAGUUGCAGUCGGGUGUCUUUCGCGAUUUGACCUCCCUAGUAUCGCUCGAUGUUCAUCAAAAUAAAAUAAGCCAUCUCACGAUCGACGUCCUCAAAGAUCUUAGCAAUCUCGAAGUGAUCAAUUUCAGUUCGAACAAUUUUUCGGCUUUGCCGGAUAAUUUAUUUCAGAAUAAUCCUAAGCUGAAAAUCGUCAAGCUCAUGUACAAUAAGGCCAAUCUGACUGUACUUCCGCGCAAGUUCCUCAAGAACCUCGUCAACUUGAAAUUCGUCUCCUUCGUACGCAGUGGCUUGCAACGACUGCCGGAAGAUUUGAUUUGGGGCUCCAUAAACAUCGCCGAUUUCAAUUUAAACAAGAACUACUUGACGGCGCUGCCCGCUAAGCUUUUACAAGACGCCAUCGAAUUAAGCACCUUCGCCGCGUCCUUCAAUGAUUUGAAGAAAUUACCCGAUGGAUUCUUUUCGAAUACUCGAAAAUUGAGGAAGCUCGAUCUAUCGAAAAAUCACCUGACGGCCAUUAACGAGCGUACUUUGGAAGGGCUGGUAUCGCUACAAGAGCUCGACAUGGAAGACAAUGAUUUGACUUUUAUUCAUUUUAAUGCCUUUAAUUCUCUCGAGGAACUUAAAGUUGCAAGAUUUGCCAAUAACAAAUUGACUUUGCGCACAGGCAUAUACGAUAUAUUCGGGCACAUUUCGCCCUUCCAGCCUUGUACUUCUCUCGAAGAGCUUUAUUUAUCUUAUAACAAUAUUACCGAAAUAUAUAGCGACUGGACAACGAGUAGCGCUCGUCUCCGUGAACUUGAUCUCUCUUACAAUUUACUUGAUUAUUUGCAGACAGAUGAUCUACAAUUCGUAUCGAAGAGCGUGAGCCUGGACCUGCGCUACAACUCAAUUAGCCAAGUAAACCUGGAGCGGUUGGAGCGCGUCUCAGCGAAUAAGAGUUUCGUUGAGUCCCGCUACGUGCACGUCCGCCUCGAAGAAAAUCCGAUUCACUGCGACUGCGAUCUGUACUCGCUGCUGCGCUACGUAAACAAGGAGAUGUCAACGGCGGCUCUUAACUACAUGCGCCUCGAGCUCGGGGGCCUGAGCUGCUCGAGCCCCGACUACAUGAGUGGCCGCAAGCUCACCGAGCUACGGACGAAAAAGCUCAAGUGCCUCAUCCAGAGCUCGUACUCGAGGCCGGGUGACCCUUGUGGUUCCGACUCCCCUUGCGACUGUUGGUUGAGACCCGCGGACCGAGCGCUGAUCCUAGAUUGCGCCGCCAAGAACCUGACUAGGCCGCCACCGUGGAUCGACGCGCGCACCGUUGAGCGCAUCGAACUCGAUCUGGCUAUGAAUCGUCUCGAAGCGAUGCCGGACAUGAAUGUCAAGGGCUACCAAAAAGUGCGUACCUUGAACCUCUCGAGGAACAAUAUCGACCGAGUCCACGAGAAACUUAUUUCACCAAAUCUCGAGAUUCUUAACUUGGACGGUAACAAUCUGACGUACAUCGAUCUGAAGAUUCUAAGGAAAUUCUCGUCAAAUUCAUCGCUCACGUCAAAAUUGACGCUCCAUGGCAAUCCUUGGUAUUGCGAUUGCAGUACUUACGACCUUUUCACUUUCAUCCAGUCCAAUUCAAUCAGAAUGCCAGAGCUCCUGCGCAUCACCUGCUCCAACACCAACGUCUCGCUCUCGAGCAUCUCCCUGUCGGAGCUCUGCACCUCGAACAACGACACGGUGAUCCUCGUCUGCUCCUUGGUGUGCCUCCUGGGGCUGCUGGUCGGUGGCGGGGUGGCCCUAUACUUCCGCUACCAGCGGCAGAUAAAGGUCUGGCUGUUCUCGAAGAGCCUCUGCCUGUGCCUCGUGAGCGAGGAGGAGAUCGAUCGGGACAAGAGGUACGACGCCUUCAUCAGCUACUCGCACAAGGACGAGGAGUUUGUGGUUAAGGAGCUGGUGGGGAGGCUGGAGGAGGGACCCCGGCCCUAUCGACUCUGUAUUCACGUGCGCGACUGGUUGGCCGGCGAGUGGAUACCUACGCAGAUCGCACGGAGCGUCGAGGAGUCCAAGCGCACGAUCGUCGUACUCUCGGCCAACUUCAUCGAGAGCGUCUGGGGCAGACUCGAGUUCCAGGUCGCCCACAAGCAGGCCCUCAGCGAGCGUCGCGCCCGCGUCAUCGUCGUCCUUUACGGCGACAUCGGGCCCACCGAGAAGCUCGACCCCGAGCUCCGGGCCUACCUGCAGAUGAACACUUACGUCAAGUGGGGCGACCCCUGGUUCUGGCAGAAGCUCCGCUACGCGAUGCCGCACUCGUAUGUCUCGCCUAUCACGCAUAGUUAUAACAAAACGGAAGAAAUUUAAUGAAAAAGGCCUCGCAUUUUCUUUAUAUUCUUAUCAAUCGAUU